GAUCUGUUAUUUAGGAUCUGUUAUUUUCCUACUCCGUAUCGUGUACGCUAUAGAUGGCCUUUUGCGAUUCGAGGCAAGUCGGAGGUUUCCGUAACCACCGACGCUGACAGGCAGCAGCCCUCCAGCAUGCAUAAAAAGUCGAUCAUGGGAGUGGUACCUGUGGAGAAGUGGAGAAGUAGGCGGAUAGACAAGUACCCUCCCACCGUACACAGCGUCUUUUCGAGUACGAGUGCGAGAGAGUUAUGCAACCACCCAACCCACAGUAAAAGACAGUAAAAGAGUACAAGAGAGUAAGUUCGGAAGCCGACACUCCCGAUGACGCGCUUGUCUCAAACCAGCAUAGCCGGGUCGCGCCGUAUGGUUCGUCGGUUUCUGUUUUGCUCAUCUGUAACCGAAGCUGAUCGUGGGAUACGCUAGUCCUGCUUCCGGGUUAGCGGGUUUGUGAUUGGAGGGGAGAGGAGGAUGCGGGGAGGGUCAGGAGGGUCAGGCAUGCAUCCCAACUGAGAAACCCAAUUCUCAUCGCCGCCCUCUCUUCUUUUUUUAUGUCAGACCCUCAUCCUCCAUCCCCAACUCCAUGGAUCACGAUCCUCUUGGAGGGCCCUGUAAUCUCUCCGUGCCUACCAUUCCGUCUGCUUCUGGCUAGAUUCUGCUCUUCUGCACCCUCUUCCGGCGCCUAAAGUAAACAGGGCCACGUCUGCUCUGCUCCGUAGCCGUAGCCGUGUGUCGGUGUACCUUCAUAAAGGUACUCUACUCUCUCCGCGAACCUUUCACAAGCACCGCCCUCAUCACCGCCGGCUUGGCUUCCUCCUCCAAUAUUUCUCCUUCUCCUUCUCCUUCAGCUCGCCGACCCCCGUCCCACGAGUGGGACGGGGGUCGCCCCUUCUUCCCCCCCCCUCUUCUUCUUCCUUCUUCAUUCACUACAUCUUCUUCCUAAUCCCCCGCCCUUUUAACCUUUCUCUUCUUUCACACGGAUUCCGCACUGCAUGGGUCUCACCGCGCUGCUACGACUCUGAUCUCCGGAUCCACCACUCUCCUUGCCUUCAUCUCAUAAGAGCGAGACGAAACCACCACCACCGGCCAUGGCGACUGUGCCAGUCCCUGGCGCCUUCGGCGUGCUCUCCGAGGCACAGGACGUCGCCGCCAACGCCAUUGGGCACCACACUGAACCCGAACGUCCAGUGACCGAGGACACCUUCCACGAUGAGACGGACACCAGCUCCUCCGAGAACAGCGAGAAGCACAUCACCGAGCUCGCGCGCACCUUCACCCAGGCCUCCAUCCGCAACGAGCAGGACGAACAUGACAACCCCUUCGCCUCCACCGACCCCACCCUCGACCCCCACAACGAGAAGUUCAACGCGCAAGCCUGGACCAAGACCCUCGUCGCCAUCACCAGCCGUGACCCAGAGCGCUACCCCACGCGCACUGCGGGCAUAGCAUACAAGAACCUGAACGUCCACGGUUUCGGCAACCCCAUGGACUACCAAAAGACCUUUGGUAACUACCCGCUCGAGAUUGGAGGAUUGUUCAACAAGCUCCGCGGCAGGGGCCAGCGCAAGAUUCAGAUCCUGCGCGACUUUGAAGGUCUCGUCCGCAGCGGCGAGAUGCUGGUCGUGCUCGGACGCCCUGGAAGUGGGUGCUCGACGCUGCUCAAGACCAUCUCGGGUGAGACGAACGGCUUCUUCAUCGACCAGAACUCCACCAUCAACUACCAGGGUAUCGCUGCCCAGCAGAUGCACAACGACUUCCGCGGCGAGUGUAUCUACCAGGCCGAGGUCGACGUGCAUUUCCCGCAGUUGACCGUUGGGCAGACGCUCAAGUUCGCAGCUCUGGCUAGGGCCCCUAAUAACCGCAUUCCGGGCGUGUCGCGCGAGCAGUAUGCCGAGCACAUGCGUGAUGUGGUCAUGGCCAUGUUUGGCCUUUCCCAUACUAUUAAUACUAAUGUCGGGAACGACUACAUCCGUGGUGUUUCCGGUGGUGAGAGGAAGCGUGUUUCCAUCGCCGAGUGCUGUGUGGGUCAAUCACCUCUGCAGUGCUGGGAUAACAGCACCCGUGGUUUGGAUUCCGCAACUGCUCUCGAGUUCGUCAAGACUCUGAGACUGUCGACGAACAUCAGUGGCGCCACUGCCAUUGUUGCCAUCUACCAGGCGUCCCAGUCCAUCUACGAUGUCUUCGACAAGGUCGCCGUGCUCUACGAGGGUCGCCAGAUCUACUUCGGACACAAGUACAAGGCCAAGGAGUUCUUCGUGAACCUUGGUUUCGACUGCCCCGAGCGCCAGACCACCGCCGAUUUCCUCACCUCCCUCACCAGCCCGCUCGAGCGCAUUGUCCGCCCUGGCUUCGAGCACAGCACCCCCAAGACCCCCGACGAGUUCGCCGGGGCCUGGCACAGGAGCGCAGACCGCGCUGAGCUGCUCCGCGAGAUCGAGGAGUUCGAAGCCGAGUACCCCAUCGGUGGCGCCCACCUCGAGAAGUUCAAGAAGGGCCGUCGCGCCCAGCAGGCACGUGGUCAGCGCAUCAAGUCGCCUUACACCAUCUCGGUUCCCAUGCAGAUCAAGCUUUGCGUUACGCGUGGCUUCCAGCGCUUGAGGGGUGACAUGUCUCUCCUGUUCGCAGGUAUCUUCGGUAACACGGUUAUGGCUCUGGUCAUUGCUUCGGUCUUCUUCAACCUCCAGAAUAACACAGAGACGCUCUUCAGCAAGGGCGCUCUCCUCUUCUUCGCUAUCUUGAUCAACGCCUUCAGUUCUGCUCUCGAAAUUCUUACUCUCUUCGCACAGCGUCCGAUUGUCGAGAAGCACACGAAAUAUGCCUUUUAUCAUCCGUUCGCUGAAGCCAUCGCGUCUAUGAUUUGCGAUAUGCCUAAUAAGAUUGGCUCGUCCAUCUUCUUCAAUAUCACGCUCUACUUCAUAACGAACCUGAAGCGCACCCCAGGUGCCUUCUUCACUUUCAUCCUCUUCGGUUUCUCCUGUGUCAUGGCCAUGUCUAUGUUCUUCCGUUCCAUCGGAUCCAUGGCUCGCAGUCUACCUGAGGCUCUUGGUCCUGCCGCUGUCAUCAUUUUGGCUCUUAUUAUCUACACCGGUUUCACCAUUCCCACCGUUGACAUGCACCCGUGGUUCCGCUGGAUCAACUACAUCGAUCCCGUCGCCUACGCGUUCGAGUCGCUCAUGGUGAACGAGUUCUCCGGCCGCAAGAUUCCGUGCACGCGGUUCGUACCCCGCGGCGGCGACUACGACCUUCUCACACUCGCCAACAAGGUCUGCGUCACCACCGGCGCUGAGGCAGGAUCCGACGUGCUCGACGGCGAUGUCUGGCUCCGCGUCAACUACGGAUACGAGCGCAGCCACAAGUGGCGCAACCUUGGUAUCCUCUGGGCUCUCGUCGUCUUCGGCUGCGGCGUUCACCUCCUUACUACUGAGUGGAUUUCCGCCAAGAAGUCCAAGGGUGAGGUUCUCCUGUUCCCCCGUGGCAAGGUCCCCGAGCUUGCAUCCGCUGCGGACGAUGAGGAAGGUGCCCAGGAUGACCGUAUCGAUGCCAACACCCUUGAGGCUACCGCCACGCACGCCGCUGCCGGAGAGGCCCCACCUAGCAUCCAGAGACAAACUGCCGUUUUCCACUGGCAGGGCGUCAACUAUGAUAUCAAGAUUAAGAAGGAACCGCGCCGCCUCCUCGACGACGUCGACGGAUGGGUCAAGCCAGGUACUCUUACGGCACUCAUGGGUGUCUCGGGUGCUGGUAAGACCACUCUUCUCGAUGUCCUCGCCUCCCGUGUUACGAUGGGUGUCGUGACGGGUCAAAUGCUCGUCGACGGCCGCCAGCGUGACAGCGGAUUCCAGCGCAAGACCGGUUACGUCCAGCAGCAGGAUCUGCAUCUCGCCACCUCCACUGUCCGCGAGGCGUUGACUUUCAGCGCCCUGCUUCGCCAGCCCAAGGCUACCCCUAGGGCCGAGAAGAUCGCCUAUGUCGAUGAGGUUAUCAAGGUUCUCGAGAUGGAGACGUACGCCGAGGCUGUUGUUGGUGUGCCCGGUGAGGGUCUCAACGUCGAGCAGCGCAAGCGUCUCACCAUCGGUGUUGAGCUCGCUGCUAAGCCUGCCCUUCUUCUGUUCCUUGACGAGCCUACUUCUGGUCUCGAUUCUCAAACCGCCUGGUCUAUUAUCGCUCUUCUCCGCAAGCUUGCCAACAACGGCCAAGCUAUUCUAUGCACCAUCCAUCAGCCAUCUGCUAUUCUGUUCCAGGAAUUCGAUCGUCUCCUCUUCCUCGCCAAGGGUGGAAGGACCGUCUACUUUGGAGAUGUUGGCCAGAACUCGUCUAUCCUUACUGACUACUUUGUACGCAACGGCGCACGCCCCUGUGGUGUCGAGGAGAACCCCGCUGAGUGGAUGUUGGAAGUCAUUGGCGCAGCCCCUGGGUCCACGACCACCGUCGAUUGGCCAGUAGCAUGGAACGAAUCCGACGAGAAGGCUGAGGUGCGUGCGCAGCUCGCCGACAUGCGCCGCGAGCUCAUCGAGAAGGACGUUGAGACCGACCCAACCAGCCUGAAUGAGUACGCGGCCCCAAUGGGGCAGCAGCUCGGAACAGUCACACAGAGAGUGUUCCAGCAGUUCUGGCGCACACCAUCGUACCUGUACUCCAAGACCUUCUUGUGCGUAUCGACUGGUCUCUUUAUCGGAUUCUCUUUCUGGGAUUCUCCGACGUCGAUGCAGGGUAUUCAGAACCAGUUGUUCUCCAUCUUCAUGCUUUUGACCAUCUUCGGAAACUUGGUGCAGCAGAUGAUGCCGCAUUUCGUAAGACUUCCCCUCACUUCGCUGGAUUUGUUGUAACUCAUAGCUAACCUUCUCCUCACAGGUCACCCAGCGGUCUCUCUACGAAGUCCGUGAACGCCCAUCCAAGACAUACUCCUGGAAGGUCUUCAUCGUGUCCAACAUCAUCGUCGAGCUCCCAUGGAACAGUCUGAUGUCCGUCCUCCUCUUCGCCACCUACUACUACCCCAUCGGCAUGUACCGCAACGCGCAGGCCGCAGGCCAGUUCAACGAGCGCGGCGGCCUCAUGUUCCUCUACAUCUGGUCCUUCCUCAUGUUCACCUCGACCUUCAGCACCAUGAUCAUCGCCGGUAUGGAGACCGCCGAGGCCGGCAGCAACAUCGCCAAUCUCCUCUUCUCCCUCUGUCUCAUCUUCUGCGGUGUUCUCGCCAGCCCAGACGUCAUGCCCCGCUUCUGGAUCUUCAUGUACCAUCUCUCGCCCUUCCGCUACCUCGUCGACGGCAUGCUGUCAGUCGGAAACGCAAACGUCAAGGUCACCUGCCAGGCUCGCGAGAUCCUGCACCUCACCCCAGAAGCCGGCAAGACCUGCAAGGAAUUCAUGGAGACCUUCAUCGGCUUCGCCGGCGGCUACCUAGUCAACGGGUCCUCCACCACCGACUGCCAAUACUGCUCCGUCGGCGAGUCCAACGACCUCCUCAAGGUCUUCAGCUCCUCGUACGCGCACCGCUGGCGCAACUUCGGUAUCCUCCAGGGAUACGUCAUCUUCAAUGCCGCCAUGGCCGUCUUCAUCUACUGGCUCGCCAGAGUGCCAAAGAACAGCGGGAAGGAGGAGCCCCCGACUGAGGAGGAGCUCGCGCUGCAGAAGAGCAGGACCAGGAAUAGUACUACUGCUGAUGGCGGCCUCGAGAAGACCGCCACGCGCGAUAGUGCUAGUGGGAAGAGGGGGACGUGGGGAAGUCGUGGGGAGAAUAAGCUUGCGAUUACGGCAUGAGAUCGUAGCCGAGAAGCAGUGAAGGGGGGUGGUUGUGAAGGGGGCGUGACGCAAGGGGGAGUGCGCACGGCAUACGCAUAUGCAUAACAUAUCAUGUUUCUGUCUCUCAGUUUUUGUUUUUUAUCAUCAUCGUCCGUCGAUAUAUUUUUCAUUUUGAUAUACUCUGAUGGAGGAUCACUUCUCAAAAACUAAUGGAUUUCUUUUAUUGUUCAUGGGGGCUGUUGUUUGAUAGACAAAAUACCCGUGGUCGUGGUGAUCGGGGAGGUUGCGUAGAAGGGGGAUGAAUGGGGAUGAAUGCAGAAUUUUAGUAUUUUACCUGCCUGCCCGCCUGCCUGCCCGCCUGCUAUAAAAAUGUCUGGUCGCCCAUGUUUGUACUCUUCAGCCUAUAUGAGAGGAAAUCGGUUCCUCUCAUGUAUGUCGUGUAGUCUGUUCCACCAACCAAAUUGCCGUUUCGUAUGUGUUGCAGUCCACUCCACUCGCCUUGUCGGCCAUUGGCGAAUAGACGGAGCGUAUGGGAGCGUAUGGGCGUACUGCAUGUCCCUGCAGUGUGAUUAUGCCAUCGACGCACGCCGCGUCGUCAUACAGCUACUCCUCAGUGGCAAGAAAUCGGAAAGAUAUAUCUUUAUAUCCAAGAAAUUAUUGUCUAAUUCGCGAUUCGUGUUUCGGUAAUCGUUAGCUAUUUUCAUCAAUUUUCG